AUGUGUGGCCGAUAUUCUUUGGGAUGUACGGGAAACCAACUCUAUGACCGUGUUUCGACUUACAAUCUUGAGAUAACGACAUCUAAGUCGUCCUUUUUUGAUCAUCCGGCAUCAUAUAAUGUUGCUCCAACACAAGAGGCCCCAGUAUAUACAGCGGAACAUGAGCUGAAGUAUAUGAAGUGGGGACUUGUUCCACAUUGGGCUCGUGACAUGAGCAGUGCACAACAGUACAAGACCUUCAAUGCUCGAAAGGAAAACUUGUCGAGUAGCAAGAUGUGGACAGCACCAUGCAACCACAAUAGAUGUGUUGUUCCUAUCACAGGUUACUACGAGUGGCAAAAUAAGGGAAAAACGAAGAUUCCAUACUAUCUAACAAGAAAAGAUCGGCGCAUUAUGUUUUUGGCAGGUAUGUAUGAUUGCGUCAAAUCCAAAGAAUUCUUCUCAUAUACUAUUAUCACUGGUCCUGCCCCUCCCAACAUGCAGUGGCUACACUUCAGGAUGCCAGUCGUACUUGAACCAAAUACCAAGCAGUGGGAUGAAUGGUUAAAUCCCUCAAAAACGGAUUGGACCCAAAAGGAACUUGCCGAUGCAUUAAAAACUGAGUGCGAUGAAAAUACUUUGGAAUGGUGGAGAGUCAACACUGAUGUCGGAAAAGUUACGAAUAACGGAGAGUAUUUAAUAGAACCAGUGAAUAACGAGGUUCAUCAAUUCUUCAAAGGGAAAAUUGAAACAGUACGAGCUCCCACUAAGAAGGAAAGAACACCGUUCACCGAGAAAAAAUCAAUGCCCCAGAAAUCGUCACUAAAACAUGAGGACGAGCAGUCUCUGCCGAAAGUAAAAGAAGUUUUUGAGGGUGAGCAUGUAAAUUAUGAGCCCAGAGGUGAGAAAAGGGAAAAUGAACUAAAACAAGAAUCGGGUUCCUCGAAUAAAUCCAGUAAGAGCAAAAAAAGGAGUAUAAAGGAUAUGUUACGUAGCCGAAGUUCAGGGAAGAGGCAAAAACUUGAAAAAUGA